UUCAACUUCUGUUUCCAAACAGACUACCUUGAAAAACAAGUGUGACGCGUAUGGUAUUGCGGUACCGCAGGUGUUGGGUCAAGUAGCAUUAAUUUGGAUUAGAAAUACUAUAGUUUAUAACCGAAGUUAGAAGCUGUGUAAAAAUGGAUACAACAACUGCGUUUUCCUCCGUUUACGGUUCCAGCACAUCAGUACCUUGGACUUCUGAGAGCUUUUUGUGGAUGCUCAUUACCGGGUUUGUUGCAGCAAUUGUCCUUUCUUUUUCCGUCGGUGCGAACGACGUUGCCAACAGUUUUGGAACCACUGUCGGAUCCAAAGCCAUUACGAUAAGACAGGCUUGCAUUCUCGCUACAAUAUUCGAGACAUCUGGGGCUCUGCUUAUCGGGGCGAAAGUGGGCGAGACGAUCCGGAAAGGAAUUAUCGACGUUGAAGUUUACUCGUUCGAUGGGGGAACCGAGAUUCUGAUGACGGGUCAAGUUAGUGCGAUGUUCGGUUCUGCAAUGUGGCAACUUUUAGCAACCUGUCUGCGACUGCCGGUUUCCGGCACGCACAGCAUUGUGGGAGCUUCUAUCGGUUUCUCAUUGGUCGCGGUUGGCGCAAAAGGAGUUAGUUGGAAAAAUCUGGGGUUCAUAGUCGUUAGUUGGUUCGUUUCUCCAGUGCUGGCCGGGUUCGCCUCAGUUGUGUUGUAUUACUUUAUUAGCAAAUACAUAUUAGACUCGAACGAUCCAUUACAGCGAGGUUUGAAGCUUUUGCCCAUGUUUUAUUCCGUAACAGUCGGCCUUAACUUGUUUUCGAUCCUGUACUCGGGCGCCCCAGUGCUGGGUCUGGACAACUUACCGCUGUGGGGCGUAGCGUUGGUGUCUGGGGGAGGGAUGCUCUUGAUAGCGAUCGCUACUCUCUUUAUUAUUGUGCCAAGAGUGAAGAAGAAAUCAGAAGAACUGAUGCGAUCCGAAGCCUCGGAGAAGAAAUUUGACGAGAGCGUUUCCUCUUGUUCAAGCGAAUCUCACGAAAAAGCUUCACGAAGUUCGAUCGACUUCGACCCCCCACCCGCCUUUGAUACGGUAGAGGCGUGCUCGCGUUCGUUAAGCAGCAACAAGAGCGUUGAUUACAAACACGAAACCGUUGUUUUUCUAAAGGGAGAUACAGAAAAAGCAGGUUCAAGCAGACACGGCACAGAAAAGACUUGUAUGGUACAACUACGUACAUCAGACCACAGCAUAAAUGACUGUGGCCCGGAGGAUUCAACAUCCGUCGCUGAGGACACACCAGAAGACGACGCAGAAAAAGAUGAUCCGAUUCCUGUCCGUCAGCUCUUCAGCAGCCUACAAGUUCUCACGGCUUGCUUCGCUAGUUUUGCUCACGGAGGAAAUGACGUCAGCAACGCUAUUGGACCAUUAAUUGCCCUUUGGAUGAUAUAUUGGUCAGGUGGUGUGGGCCAGGUUGGUUUCACACCAUGGUACUUAUUACUGUACGGUGGUGCUGGCAUUAGUUUGGGAGUUUGGACUUUCGGCAGAGGGGUAAUGAAAACGAUUGGAGAAGAUCUAACCAAAGUAACAGCAUCUCGUGGUUUCUGCAUUGAACUAAUGACUGCAGCAACAGUGCUGAUAGCAUCCAAUAUUGGAAUUCCUAUUUCGACAACGCAUUGCAAGGUUGGCGCUGUGGUCUCUAUUGGUUGGUAUGGGUCACGUGCAGCAGUGGACUGGAGCGUGGCACGAAACAUCGCGUGUGCCUGGUUCGUCACUGUACCUGUAUCUGGCCUUUUAAGUGCUGGCUGUAUGUUUCUUCUCAUGCAAUUUCUCUAAAUCAUAAGUAUAGUCUUUGCAUCAAUAUAGUUGUAUACAAAACGGGUCGACAGUUCACCUAAAGUUAUGUUACGCGUAUUUUAAAACACUCUUUUUUUCAUUUAAUGGCUUAUACAACUUUACACUAGACACCUGUAUAUGUAUAUGCCGCGUAUGAACCAUUUGUGAAAAUCUAUACAUUGUGUAACGACCAUAUGCGAAUGUAUUGACAAUGUUAUUAAAAUCGGCGCGCAAGCCACUAAGUUGUAUACGAAAAGCAUCUAUGAACUCAGUAGUAUAUACAUUUUCUUUUUCUGUGAAUUUGGUCUUGUGAUAUGUGAAAUGCGAAAAUGAUUUGAUACUUUAAACAAAAAUAAAAGGAAUAUAUCGUU